UGCUGAAUUUCGAGGUUGGUACAUUGGGAUUGUUUAUGUGUUUUCUGCCUCUUGUUAGAAUUGUUUCUGGGCUGAUUAAAGUUUCUUUCUUGGGAAAUUCAGUUAUGAAAUUCUUGUUGAGACCUAAUUGGAAAAAGAACUUUAACUGGGAUAGCCUUUGUUGAAAUUAGAUAAAGGGAUGGGAUCAUGCUUUUCAUCAUUCUAUCAAAUUUUCUUGAAUGGAUGUCAUUGUUCUUUGUUAGUGUUAAUUUGGGGCCAGGGCGUGCAGGGUUUAUGUUGCAACUUAAUGUCACUACUUGAUUUACACAGUGCUGGGAUGUUACUAUUGAGCUUCAUUGCUCAUGCUUUCCGUUAGAUGAUAUGUCGCGAAACUUUUGACUUAUUUAAACAAGCCGUGCCCUUGCUUAGAAAAGACUACUCCUUCAGAAACUUGUAAUGAAAUGAUUCCAUUAUUUCUCCUGAUUGUUCACUCCUGAGAUCUAAUGCUUCCUUGAUAAUCCUUGCAGUCAUUACAAGUACAUUUGUUAUGGUAUUUAUUUGUGUAGUAAGAUUUGGAAAAUUUUAAUAGGCUACUGAAUUUGUACCUGUGGCAUUUUUUGUUUGAAAUUUCCUUAUGCAACAUGUAUUAUUUGAGCACAUUAACGCUUUUCUUUUUAGAAAAAUUUAGAAAGUUGUGGUGAUCUGAUUGUCCUACUCUCUUAUAUGUCACACGUGGCAUUCGACAGAGUAGUCACUUGUCCUUAUCUAUUUAUUUAUUUAUGCAAAUUUAUAUAUCAGUCCCUUCUAUAUCAAAUGUGGGAAUGCAUCAACUUAAGUUAGUUUCUCCAUGAUAUAGUUUCCUUUUUACUUUGAUGAAGCGGUGAUCUCUAUGCACUAUAUCAUUGCCUACAGCGAUGUAGUCAAAUAGUUUCUUAUUUCUGUAAAAUUUUGUUUUAUACACCUUGGAGCUGGAUCAACUGAAAACCUCAUCAUCUUUCGGAAACUUUGCAGGAUUAAAUUUUUUUUCGCAUCGAUGGCUAAUAAUUCUCAAUAUACAGGAAUGCAGCCUCAUCGUCCUCCUUUGGUUGCACCUCUUGGCCCUCCUCAAAGUGCUCUUCCAUCUUUGUCCCUACAAUACCGGCCAGUGGUCCCACAGCAGCAGGCGCAGUCAUAUGUUGGUUUACCUCCUCAACAAUUUCAGCCCAUCGGACAUGUAAAUCUAGUAAUGCCGCCUCCCCCUCCUUCUCUUCCUCCUCCUGCUCAGAUGUUUCAUCAACCAAUGCCGCAGCUCCCUGCUAGAUCCGUUGCUGCAGGAGAUAGUCAACCUCAUGCGCAGGCACUUCCUGCACCAGAUCUUCAACAAAACGGACCUUCUGCAGCUAUAGCCACACAGGCUCAACAGAAUAUGCCGGGCUUUGGUGGGCCCAGAAUGCCUUUUUCUGCUUCAAAUACUCCGCAGCAAAAGAAUUUGGAUUCGGGUGCUGAACACCAACCAGUUCUCCAGAGUGCAAAUUUUCCUGUUGAUGGACAAUCUUGGUUGCCAACUGGAAAUCAGAGUAUAAAACCUGCCACGCCAGUGCUGCAUUCUGGGGAACCAGGUCAAAUUGCCCCAAUUCAAGAAGUAACCCCGAUGUCUAUCCCUAAGGAAAUGAUUCCACUUCUUUGGAUAGAACACACUGGUCGUAAAGGAAAAACGUAUUAUUACAAUAGGUUGACUAGGCUUUCUACAUGGGAGAAGCCUAUAGAGUUAAUGACCCCAAUUGAGAGGGCUGACGCAUCCACUGACUGGCGAGAAUAUACUAGUCCUGAUGGUAGGAAAUAUUUCCACAAUAAAGUCACCAAACAAUCAAAAUGGAGGAUUCCAGAUGAAGUCAAGUUGGCUCGUGAAAAAGCAAAUUUGGAUUCAUCAACACAGGAGACAAAGGGAGUUAUUUCUCAUGCCUCCACUACUGUAUCUACUUCUGGAGUGAGUUCUUCGCCUUCCAAGACAGAAGCUCCCAAUUCUCAAACUCAACAGGCAGUAUCAAGCUCAACUACUGCAGCACUUGUUGUAACUGAACCAUCCGUGACAACUCCUGUGUCUUCAACCUCACCCACAGAGGUUUCUCCAAUGAUAGUUGGUGGGGUCGAAACACAGAGUUCUUUAGAAUCAUCCACUCCUGUUGUUGUUCCAGACAAGGAUCCCUUGUCGGGUGGGUUGGAAUCUACUGAUGCAAAACCAAUAAAUAGUUCGGCUGUUGUGUCAACCCCAGAUGCCAUAGCUUCGGUUGCUGGAGUUUCUCCAGUAGAUAGUGAGGAAGCCAAAAACAUCAAGGAAUAUGGAACAUCUGAAGAGAAAGCCUUUGAUCAGGGACAAGUUGUUUAUGAGAACAAGCUGGAGGCUAAGAACGCCUUUAAAGCACUUCUGGAAACAGCAAAUGUUGGAUCAGACUGGACAUGGGAUCAGGCCAUGAGAGCUAUAAUUAAUGAUAGAAGAUAUGGAGCUUUGAAAUCCCUUGGUGAACGGAAACAAGUAUUUAAUGAGUUUUUGAGCCACAAGAAAAAACAGGAAGUUGAAGAAAGACGUGCGAGACAAAAAAAGGCACGGGAAGAUUUCAAGAAAAUGUUAGAAGAAUCUAAAGAGCUUACAUUAUCUACAAGAUGGAGCAAAGCACAAUCUAUGUUUGAAGAUGAUGAGCGAUUUAAAGCCAUUGACCGAGCUAAGGAUCGUGAAGAUAUUUUUGAGGAUUAUAUGGAGGAACUUCAGAAGAAGGAGCGUUCAAAGGCUAUGGAAGAGCACAAGCGUAACAAAGCAGAAUAUCUAGAGUUCUUGAAAACCUGUGACUUCAUAACGGCAAGUAGCCAGUGGAGGAAAGUGCAAGACCGCUUAGAAGCUGAUGAAAGGUGCUCGCGCCUGGAAAAAAUUGACCGCUUGGAACUAUUUCAGGAAUAUCUCCGCGACCUAGAGAAGGAAGAGGAAGAGCAAAGGAAGUUGCAGAUGGAAGAACAAAGAAAAGCAGAGCGUAAAAAUCGUGACGAGUUUCGUAAGCUGAUGGAAGAGCAUGUUGCGUCAGGCAUGCUUACAGCUAGGACUCUCUGGCGUGAUUAUUGCUUGAAGGUUAAAGAUGCGCCUGCAUAUAUUGCUGUUUCAUCAAACUCCUCUGGAUCAACUGCCAAAGAUCUUUUUGACGUUGUUGCUGAGGAGCUCCAGAGAAAGUAUCAGGAUGACAAAGCCCUCAUAAGAGAUGCCGUCGAGAUUGGAGAGAUCACUCUGACAUCAGGUUCGACUAUUGACGACUUCAGGGCUGCUAUUAUGAAGGAUCUUAGUUCAUCAGUGUCUGAUGUUAACUUAAAAAUUGUUUUUGAGGAACUACUAGAGAGAGCAAAGGAGAAGGAAGAAAAAGAAGCUAAGAGGCGGAAACGCCUUACUGACGAAAUUUAUCAAUUUUGUCUUAAUUCAAAGGAAAUUACUGCUUCUUCAAGGUGGGAGGAAUGCAAACAAUAUGUUGAAGAAAGGCAAGAAUCACCUUUGGCUGAUCAAUAUUUUCAUUUCACUUAUUAUACAUCUAUAAACAUCUGCAACAUUUGAAUGUUGCAAAAUUUAGUAAUUGGAGGAAUCAUAUCCUGUCGAGUUUUCUCCCCAUUUGGCUGUAGAGCUGCUCAAAGAUCACACUUGCGUAACUCUCUGUUAUAGAGAACCCUAUUAUACGAAUCUCGUUUUCUUGGUAAUUUGAUAGGUUGAUGAAAGUCAUCACGCUCAGUGACUUUGAAACAGACACCAUCAGUUAUAGUAUUUGAAAGGGAAUCUGUCCUGAGCUGAAAGGGUUUGAUAGAGCAAAUAGGUUCUGGAUUGAUCCUGUUGUCGUCUGUGAGCACCCUUCAUUUGCUAGCAUGGACUACCUUAUUUAGAAAAGGAGAGAGAUCAAAUCUAAAAAGGUGUAUCUUUAGACUUAUCCGGACAAGCUUAACAAAUAUUGGAGUUUCUAUGGACUAUGGAUUUGGUGGGAUAUAUGGGAAAAUUUCAAAAAUUUAAGUACACGGAGGAUGUUAAUUUGAUAAAUACUUGGGUAUCAACCAUUAUGGUUGCGGAAACUCACUGGUUAGAGGAUUGCUCAGGGAAGUGAAGUCUAUUAGAUGUCGUUAUUUGUUAUACGGCAAUCUGUAACCCAGUAACAAUGUGUUGGCUGGCGGUUGUUGAAAUUGUCAAUUUGUGUGGGUGAGCUUUACUGGCUCCAAUGGUUUGAGUUAAAGGUAGUUGAUUGUUCUGUAAUCUUUUUAUUUCAGGCCUUUUGAGUAUGUCAAGGCUGUUACUUGGAUACUUUGUAAGAAUGCUAGCUUUAUACUAAACUACCUGUUUGGAAAAAAGGAGAAAAAAAAAAAAACCUACCUGUUUGGUAUAUAAAGUAAUACGGUUCAUUUAUUCUAGAAAUAUGAAUGUUCUACCCUCUUCAAUGUUAAUCACUUGCUUUGGCUAAUUCUAGGUUUCAUGCUUCAUUGAGUCCUCAAAGUUUCUACUGUUUUUUUUUUUUUUAAUUGGUUUGGUGAGAUUUCUCUUUGGUGUCUAUUGACAGAGCUGAUUUUA